AUGAGCCAAAAAUUGCGAGUAAAAAAAGUUGCUAUAAACAACUGGAAUCUACUAAUUGUCCACAAUGUUACAGCAAACAUUCAAAAUUGGGGUAUCGAAAGCCGCUAUUACUUCGUUGCUGACGCCUUAUCUGCGGUUCUGACUGUAGCACUUUUUUACAAUUUUUACGUAUUCAUUUUAUGUCGUAAUUACUUUGAAAAGCUAAAGGUAGAGCAGUCAAAAAGGAGAAGACAUCUAGGAUUACGAGUACACUUUGCUGAUCCGGGCGCAUUGGUUACCACAAUAUAUGAUGAAACAUAUGAGGACCCUGCCACUGACUCAGAAGUUUUUGAUGAAAUGCAAUCUUGUGAUGAUAUAUGUAUAGAAGUUGAAAAAGUUGCUGCCGAUGUCCGCGUAGACACUUUGUGA